UUGCAUGGUCCAGUAUAGGUUUUGUUAGCGUUUUAUCGCGUAUUAGGGUGAUUUAACAAAAAAUAUGGUUAAGAGGUGUAGUCAGGGACUUUGUAAUAGUGAGGACAGGUAUCCUGAAAGGCUAGUUGGUGGAGUUCGAUUCGUACCCUUUCCAAAACCGAAGACCCAGUACGAAAAAUGCCUUCGAUGGAUCAAACUUUGUGGAAGACCGCAUCAUCAACUAAAUCCAUCUAAUAUCAACUGGAACACAUAUGUUUGCACAAAGGUGAUAAAGAGAAGUUUGUGAAAAGGGGUUGAGUGUCACUUGUGCGAAACGGAUGUGUGAGGAAGCAGGUAAGGCAAAGUCCUUGCCUCAGCACUACUUUUUAUGUCAAAAUUCCCUGGGCAUAUCCAUCAUAGGAGAAGGUACUGCGUGUGCUUAUGUGGCAGUGAAAGGACGAUAAGUGAAGAGUGUGAGGUUCUAGAAGUGAGGCCUCACACAUGAAACACACAAAUUGAAACACCUGCCCAACACAGUACAAGAAGGAAGUGCGACAUCGUUCAAGUCAGUAGGUUGAAGAGGACUGAUGACACAAUGUUGCAGUUCAAAAAACGAGGAGAAGUUAGGACCUUCGACCCAAACUUCAAGGGGCCGCUUGACAACAGGGGAUGCACGGAUAUUUUCUGCUGUUUGCUCUUCAUCAUUGCUUUGAUAGGCUACUUUGGUGUGGGAGUUCUCGCCUGGUCCCAGGGUGAUCCCCGAAAAAUUCUUUAUCCCACCGACAGCAGAGGGAACUUCUGUGGGCAAAAAGGAACACCCCAGGAGAGGAAGCCUUUUCUGUUUUAUUUCAAUAUCCUGAAGUGUGCCAGUCCGUUAGUGCUAGUUGAGCUCCAGUGUCCCACCACACAGAUAUGUGUUAGAAAAUGUCCCCACAAACAUCUCACCCUGGACAAAGUCAAGACGAGUAGAGAAGACCGUAUCUAUUACCAAAAGUAUUGCAAGGAAAAAUUGUCUCUGACUGAAUCCACAUCCGAGAUCUGGAAGAGGGGCGUGUGCCCCUCCAUGCUUAUGCCCAGCAGAGCCUUCACGCGCCGCUGUCUUCCAUAUCUGUCAACACAAAAGGGUGGCGUCGUAAUGGUGGGCAAUAAGACCCUUAUUGACACUGGCAAGGGAGAUACUGUGAAAGCCAAAGCUGUACUUGAUGCAACCCAGGGUUCCAACAUCGUUCUUGAAGCUCGCCAUUUGGCUAUGAAAAUCUUUGAGGACUACACUCAGUCGUGGCAUUAUAUAAUGAUAGGUCUGCUGGUAGCCAUGCUCAUCAGCUGGCUAUUCAUAGUCAUGCUGCGCUUCUUGGCAGGCAUCAUGGUGUGGGUCAUGAUUAUCCUUGUCCUUGUUGUCGUAGCAUACGGCACUUUACAUUGUUACCUUGAGUACAAAAAUCUGAUGGGAGACCCUGCUUCUGAUGUGAAGAUUAGCGAGCUGGGCCUGCAGACCGACAUCUCGAUCUACCUUGAGAUCAGACAAACCUGGCUGGGAUUUACGAUCACCCUCGCCAGUGUGGAGUUCCUCAUCAUCGUGCUUCUCAUCUUCCUCAGGAAGAGGAUCCUAAUUGCUGUCGCCCUCAUUAAAGAAUCUAGCAGGGCUAUUGGAUACCUGACAUCAUCGUUAUUUUACCCACUGCUGACUUUUUUCCUUCUGUCAGUGGUAAUAGCUUACUGGGCGGUCACUGCAGUUUAUCUCGCCACAUCCAGUAAGGAGGUGUACAAAGUGUCCUCCCCCACUGAGUGUCAAAAAUACCUUCUCAAAACCUGUGAUCCCAAGACAUUCAACACUUCCAGUGUGAUUUCUGAGUGUCCUCAUGCUGAGUGUAUCUUUGCCUUCUACGGCGGGGAGACCCUGUACCACAAAUACCUCAUCGUAUUCCAGUUUUACAACGUCUUCCUCUUUUUCUGGUGCACCAACUUUGUGACGGCUCUGGGACAGGUCACCCUGGCUGGUGCUUUUGCCUCAUAUUACUGGGCCUUUAAAAAGCCCGACGAUUUGCCUGCCUACCCUGUCUUGUCCUCCCUGCGACGUGCCAUCAGGUAUCACACGGGUUCCGUGGCAUUUGGCUCACUCAUCUUGUCAAUUAUCCAGAUUAUCAGGGUAAUUCUGGAGUACCUGGAUCACAAGAUGCAAGGUUCUCAAAACAAGUACACAAAAUUCCUGCUGAACUGCAUGAAAUGUUUAUUCUGGUGUCUGGAGACAUGCAUCAAGUUCCUGAACAGAAAUGCAUACAUCAUGAUUGCCAUCUAUGGGAAAAAUUUCUGCACAUCAGCUCAAGAUGCCUUCAUGCUUCUGUUGAGGAACAUUGUCAGGGUGGCUGUCUUGGACAAAGUGACUGACUUCCUGUUGCUCCUUGGGAAACUGCUCAUUGUUGGAAUUAUUGGAGUCUUCUCUUUCUUCUUUUUUACUGGAAGAAUGCAAUCUGUUGAGUACAGUCCCCCUUCUUUGAACUACUACUGGGUACCAAUACUGACGAUGACAAUUGGAGCCUACCUCAUUGCCCAUGGCUUCUUCAGUGUAUAUGCUAUGUGUGUGGACACGCUCUUCCUCUGCUUCUGUGAAGACUUGGAGAGAAAUGAUGGCUCACCUGGAAGGCCUUACUACAUGUCCCCCGAGCUGCACGAUCUCAUCGGCUUGGCGAAUAGGUCCGAGGGAGAUGGAGACGAUGCUGAUGCUGAGACUCAAGAAGCUGCGGGGGAGGAGGAAGCUCAUACAGUGGAAGAAGGCGGAAUUAAACUAAAGGUGCAGUCUGAUGUCUCGCAGUGGAUCGAGGAAGAGGAGCCAUUUGAGGAAAAUUUUGAAGACACACAGAAGACUGAGGAGAACGAGGAGACUGACGACAAGGACGAGGAGCAGUCAGUCAGUGAAGUAAUGGUGAUCGAAGACAACGAUCCAGAGGUGAUAGUGGUGCUAAAGCAGGAGGGAAUUGUGGGAGCAGCAGCACCUCCAAGUGAGGAGACAGAGAAUGAAAUUUAGAAAAGAAGCAGAAGAAUCCACGUGAAAACAUGAUGCUUCUGCUUCUCAGUGAUUAUAAUGUGGGCUUUUAAAAAUGUACAGUGAGAUUGUGGACUGAAGGAGGUGGUCCCUGAUAUCCUGAGGCCCAGUGUGGCUAAUGUAUGUAGCUUGAAAUGCCGUUGUGUCGGAGAGCCGCGUUGGCUUUGACAUGUUGAGAAAGUGCUUACCAUUUUGUAGUCACUGUUACUAAAAUACUGUCAAUUAAUGCACGACACAACCUCUCAGGUUGCAUUUCAGUUUGAGAUAUAUAAAUUAUUUUUCACAAUACCGGCUAAUGCCAAAAGGUUACAUGCAAAUUUAAUGUAUGUACUGUAUAUUUGAUCUUUCUGGAGUCGUGUCUAUAAAUUCUUGGCUUGAAUCUUGUAAAGAGCCUUUUGCUCUUGGAACGCAACCAGUUGUUACUAACUUAACCUUGGCUGACUUUGUCCUAAACAAUCUUUGCUUGAUGUUGACAUGUCCUUCAAACUUAUAAACUGUCUUCUACUUGU